GGAAAUGCGUAAGCAGGGUCCCUGCUGCUGCUGCUGCUGCUGCUCCCACACAGCUCUGGGCUCUGCCAGACCUUGCAUGCCAUGGGCACCCUUGGGAGCAGGCAGCUCCUGCUCUGCUGGGCCCUCUGGGGACUCUGCCUGGCCUCGGACUACGAUGAUUACUCCCAGAACAGCACCAGCGAGCAGGCCAGCACUCCAGAGGCCAGCCCUUGUCCCCGAGCUAUCCCGGGGGACCAGGCCACGGUCAACAAUGUCACCUACCUGCUGAUCCCCGAGGCCACCCGUGCCCAGCUGGGCAGCGCCGUCACCGUGCGCCUCAUCCCGUGUCUCUACGUCCUGGUGUUCCUGCUGGGGCUGCCAUCCAACGCCCUGGCCCUGUGGGUGCUGGCCACCCGGGCCGAGCGCCAGGCCCCCACCGUGUUCCUGAUGAACCUGGCGGCCGCCGACCUGCUGCUCAUCUCCGUGCUGCCCUUCAAGAUCUCCUACUACUUCCUGGGCAACCACUGGCCCUUCGGGGAAGGGCUGUGCCGCCUCACCACGGCUCUUUUCUACGGCAACAUGUACUGCUCCGUGCUGCUGCUCACCUGCAUCAGCGUGGAUCGCUACCUGGCCGUGGCUCACCCCUUCUCCUCCCGCGCCUUCCGCACUCCCGCCUUGGCCGCCGGCACCUGCGCCGGGGCCUGGCUCUGCUCGGCCGCCCUGACGCUGCCCCUGGCCCUGCAGCAGCAGUCCUACCCCCUGCUCGGGGCGGGCCUCACGCUGUGCCACGACGUCCUGCCCCGGCACGAGGACGACGGGUUCUACUUUUAUUAUUUCGUGGUGCUGAUCUCCUGCGCCUUCCUGCUGCCGCUGCUGCUGCUGGCGCUGAGCUCGGGCGCGGUGCUGCGCGUCCUCCUGCGCGGGGGCGGCCGCUACGGCCACGCCGCCAAGCUCACGGCCCUCGUGCUCGUCACCCUCGUGGUUUUCUAUGUCCCCAGCAAUGUCCUGCUGCUGCUUCACUACUCCAGCCCCUGCUCCAGGCUGCACGGCCGGCUGUACCUCAGCUACAUGGUCAGCCUGGCCCUCAGCACCUUCAACAGUUGCGCUGACCCCUUUGUCUACUACUACGUGUCGGAGGAUUUCCGGGAGAAGGUGAAGAGGAAAGUGUUCAGGGGCAGCAAAAAAACCACCAUUUCCCUAAAGACCUCCAAGGAAACGCUGCCCCGUUCCAAGCAUUCGCUGGUGUGAGCCUCCAGCCCGGCUGGCUGCUCCCAGGGCACUCACAAUGCACACAGUGGGGAUCAGAGGAAUUCAGCGCUGGAAUUCCACAAGUUUCUCCCAGAACGGCCAAGUGCUUUCCCCUGUCUGCACAGAUAAGGAUGAAUAAAGCCAGGCUGUGGGAUUCUUUGCCCAGACAAGAUGCUGAGUGCUGGACACAUCCACCCUGCACUGGGACACUGCCUGCAGCUUCUCAGCUGGUCACACACCACCAGGGAUGUUCCUCAGCUGGGUCUGGUGUUCCUAACCUGGCUGCUCUCUGCCUGCUGGUCCUGCUCCUGGCUUGCUCUCUGUCCUUAAAUGCAAAAUCCUUUCCCCUAAAACAAAAUAGAGCCAUCAUUGCAAAAACAAAUUUCUAAAUGUUUCAAAAAUUACUCUCUUGAACUAAACCAGUCUGUCAAAAGAGUGCAGAGUGCUGGCCUGUGUAGCAAAAACAUUCUUGGCUUGAUUUGUCAGCAAUGUCAGCCCACUGUUGGUAAAAAGUGUAAAAAUCCCCUUCACUCAUCCCUGUUUCUGCAAAUCACCCUUGGCAUCCAUCAUUUAUUUGAGGCAAAGUUUGUAUUAAUGGAUUAAUGGAUUUUGUAAAAAAAUGAUGUCUCAUGAAGGGAAAUACUAAAGUAGGAAUGGAGCAAAGCCUCUGGUCCUCCACAUUUCCUUUGUGUAACAUCACCCACAGCCAAAAGCUGGCUCUGAUCAAAGAGGUGCUCAGGUUUGUUGUUUGAUGGAAUCUGCUGCAAAUCUGACAAAAUGCAGCCUGCUCAUCUCUCAGACACAACUGGGGCACAGCUCUGAGAGCAGCCAGGUAGAAAAUGAGCAAGAAACCUCUUUAGAGCUCCUUAAUUCUUUAGUUUUCCCAGCACGGGCUUGACAACAUAAAGCAUGAAUAAGAGGCAGAGAGGAUUGUCUUAAAAUUAGUUUUUAAUAAAAUAUUUAUCAGAAUCUAAACCAAACACUUUUCUGGACUCAGACUUGCUAAGAUGUGUGUGAACAAACCAACAACUGGUCAGAGAGCUGUUUGUGUGUACUGAGGGGGCAAAAGGCAGGGGAAACACAAAGCUGGGCUCCAGGUGCUGGGCACUCAGUCAGAAACAGCAGGGACUAAAAAAACCCCAAAGCCAAACCCAAAGCCAGGCUGGUAGAGGUUUGCUACAGAGUUUCUCUGUUCACAAUAAUGAAGACCAGGUUAUUGUGCAUUAAAUGUCAACAGUCAGUGUGAGCAAAGCAAGUGCUGGUGUGUUGGGCAUGUUCUUCAAGCAAGCUGAACAUUCUUCUGGUAUUUGCUUUCUACUGAGGCUGAUUAAGAAGGAGGGGAAGAGGCAAGACCAAAACACAGGACAGGACAGAACAA